AUGGAGAAAGCCGACGACAAAAGUGUUAGUGUCGAUGUCGGCGCAGGAGAGGUUCGCUUAGUUCCUCCUCCAAGUAGACCACACCUUGAGCGCAAAGUGGGUGGCAAAGAAGUCCAGCUCUUCGCCAUAGGAGGUGCUAUUGGAACAAGCGUAUUCAUUACCAUGGGCUCGUAUCUUCCAAACGGAGGACCGGCUGGACUGCUGAUUGCGUACUGCAUAUGGUGCCUCAACGUAUGGUGUGUCAACGAGACGUUCGCUGAGAUGACGAUCUAUGCACCUGUACCAAGCGCUUUUAUCACGUUCACGGCAUAUUGGGUGGACGAAGCACUUGCCUUUGCUCAGUCUUGGGCAUUUUUCUUAGCACAGGCUCUCCUCGUUCCUUUCGAGAUCACGGCCCUGCAUAUUCUGAUCACAUUUUGGACGGACAAGUUUCCUGUUGAGGCUACUGUGGUCAUUUGUCUUGUUCUCUAUGGUCUAUUGAACCUUUUCAGCGUGGAAUGGUUCGCCACAUUCGCCGUCUGCGGACCUGAGUAUACCAGCUCUAUUGCCGCAGAGACGAAGUCGCCCCGACGUAUUCUCCCCACCUGUUUUGGUAGCUUCAAGUGGCGGUUGCUGUUCUUCUUCAUCGGCUCAGCGCUCUGCACUGGCAUCGUGAUCCCUUACAAUGACCCAACUCUUGCGGCCCUUAUUGAAGGGUCCAUCCCCGGUAGCGGCACCAGUGCCGCUUCACCGUACACCAUUGCUAUGGGACGGAUGAAUAUAAACGGCUUGCCGCAUCUCAUCAAUGCCGUGAUGAUGACAUCUAUCUUCAGCUGCGGUAAUGGUGUGCUAUUUGCAUCAUCACGCGCCCUUUUCGCCAUGAGCCAAUCUGGCCGUGCGCCAAAGAUUUUCGCCAAGACAACCAAACGCGGCAUCCCCAUCUACGCCGUCUGCGCUGUAAUGCUCAUUGGAUUGCUGGGUAUGAUGGGCGUUAAUGCCAGUGCACUUGAGGUGUUGCAUUACUUUGUCGACUUGUGCACCGUCUGUGGCCAGUUCAACUACAUGUGCGUUUGCAUCACGUACAUCCACUUCUACCACAACAUGAAACGACAAGGCGUCUCUCGCAGCACAUUGCCCUACGUGUCACCAUUUCAACCUUAUGCGGCUUACAUCGGUGCAACCUGCGCCAUCCUUGCGAUGGUACUUCUCGGAUUUGAUACAAUACACCCUUUCGCCGUUAAAUGGUUCUUCUUGGAUUACACACUGUUGGCUGUGUUUCCUCUUGCAGCUGUCAUGUGGAAGAUUGUAAAGAAGAGUAAGUAUGUUAGAAUUGGUACAGCGGACCUAGGAUUAGGUGGCAUGGUUAAAGAAGUAGAUGAUUAUGAGGAUCUGGUGCAGCCGGAGCCGGAAGGCUGGAUCGAGAGGCUAUUUAGUGGCGUGUGGGAAUGGGAGGACCUCAAAGCUGCUGUUUUGAAAAAGCAUAAGAGUUGA